GACAAUUUCUUAUUAUUGUUUUUUUUACAAUUAUUCGAUUUUUCGGGGAAAAUACAUUUUUAUCUUUCCCCCCUGGCUGGAGGCUGCAUCAUGUGAGACCACUGUCUAUGCGUGAAACUUAGGACUAAAAACAUCAAGUCCUGUAGAAGAGCAGGAUGGCCGGCAUGUUCUUCAAACUCAAGGACUCCAUCGCGGCAAAGGUUACCCCUGAAUGCUUGAAGGCAUCGGCGGAAGAAGUAAAAGUAUUUGCCGAGAAGAACAUACCAAAAGGUGGAGAUCCCCAUGCCGAAGGCGGAGGCAAGAUUACAGAGUGGGAAGCAGCAUGGAAUGUUACAAAUGCUAUCCAGGGUAUGUUCAUAGUAUCCCUGCCUUAUGCAGUGUACCAUGGUGGGUACUGGGCUAUCCUGGCUAUGGUGGGCAUUGCAUACAUCUGCUGCUACACCGGUAAGAUCCUGGUGGACUGCCUCUACGAGACCGACGAGUUCGGGGAGACGAAGAAAGUCCGCUACAGCUAUAACGAUAUUGCACAGGAAGUGUUUGGGAAAAGAUUUGGCGGGAAAAUUAUCAAUGCCGCGCAGCUUAUUGAACUACUAAUGACGUGCAUUCUCUAUAUUGUUUUGUGCGGAGAUCUUCUCAUUGGAGCAUUUCCCUACGGACAGAUUGAUACAAGGUCGUAUAUGAUGAUUUGCGGGUUGCUUUUGCUCCCGUGCGCAUUUUUGAAGAACCUGCAGCACGUGUCCAAGUUGAGUUUCUGGAACGGGGUUGUUCACACACUCAUUAAUGUUCUCAUUCUUGGCUACUGCAUUCUCCGAGCUCAGGACUGGGCAUUCUCUAAGGUUACUCUCAAGGUGGAUAUCCUCUCCUUCCCUAUAGCCCUGGGCAUCAUUGUGUUCAGCUACACUAGCCAGAUCUUCCUGCCAACCCUGGAGGAGAAUAUGAUCGAUAAAUCAAAGUUUCACUGCAUGUUGCACUGGAGUCACAUUGCAGCCGCCAUUUUCAAAGCACUGUUUGGAUACCUAGGCUUCUUAACCUGGCAGGAAGACACUCAAGAGGUCAUUGUCAACAAUAUUGAUGGGUUCUUUAAGCUUCUUGUCAACAUGAUCUUGGUGAUCAAGGCUCUCUUGUCCUAUCCUCUGCCCUUCUACGCUGCCUGUGAUCUCAUCGAGGGUGAGAUGUUUCGUGGGAAGCCUGACACCAUGUUCCCAUCUAUCUGGGGCCUGGACGGAAACCUGAAGAUCUGGGGCCUAGCCUUCAGAGUUGGAAUCAUUGUUGGCACCAUCGGGUUCGCAGUCAUCAUCCCACACUUCUCUAUUCUCAUGGGGUUCAUCGGUAAUUUCACUGGAUGCUUGCUCUCCUUUGUCUGGCCUUGCAUCUUCCAUCUCUAUAUCAGGCGGAAGUCGAUGUCUUGGUACACGAUGCUCUGGGAUAUCUUUAUCAUCUUACUUGGAUGUAUGUUUGCGUUGGUCGGAAUGUAUUACUCCGGCAAGGCCCUGUUUAAAGCUUAUGAGCUAGGAAUGCCAGUCUAAUCUAUAUUCUUGAUUAGCAUCAUGUUGAACCUAUAGUUCCUGAAGAGAAUUUCGGGUUCCAGUAUCAUAAUUUCAUUUACAAUUGCAAGGCUUUCAAGUUCAUAGAAAAAAAUAUUGCUAACUGGCUUCGAAACUAAAUGUAAUCUAACAUUAUAACUAAGUCUUCCAAAACUAAGUAUGUUACAAGUAACCAAGUCUUCCACAUGUAAUUUGUAACCUUUUAAUUGUAAUUAAGUCUUCCAAAUGUAAUUAUUUCCUAAUAAUUGUAAUUAUGUCUUCCACGUGUAAUGUAACCACGGUUGUUGUAUUAGAUGUAUUUUUCAAAUUAAUUGCUAUUUCUGAUAAUUGUUUAAAUUCUGAAAUAUCUAAAAUAACUGAACUGACAGAAGUAUCGUUUCAAGAAUUGCCCGAAAUCGGAACUUUUGUUUUAAGUAUCGUUUACCUCGAACGCUUGAUUUCGAUAUCCAAUGUGGCUACUUCUGAAUUUUAAGAUAAAUUAGAUCCGUAAUUUGAAGUUAUCCCUGCAGGGUAUGACCGCAACGAGAUUUCGAAGAGAAAUAAGAUUGAUCUGUAUAUAUACCCUUACAUAGAUAAAUUGAAAUAACAGAUGUCGUCUUUUCAAGAUUUGGAUGAAAUUCGUUCACAAUAACCCUGAGGCAGAUGCCCAGAGGAUUUUCGCGCAGUCAGCGUAGAAUUUCAAGACAGAGAUAGUCUUUUCUACGCCGACUGUACGAAACUUCUCUGGGCUUCUACCUUCGGGUUAUUUAUUGUGGAGGAGUUUCAUUCAAAUCUUGAAAAGACGACAUCUAGUGUCCAAUCUGUUAUUUUAUUAAAUCUAUGUACCUAUAGGUCUGCAUAAGAUGAGGAUCUUUGAUAAAUGCUUGAUCCCAAGAUUCACAAUAGUUCUAACUUCAGUUGAGAUCUAUUAAAGUAUAGAAUAAUUAAAAAUUACGAAUAUUGAGAAAAUCUAAAAUUUUCGUUAAGAUAAAAUUAACUCAUUGAACCAAAAUUUUAUUCUCCAGAAGUUUACCUUUAGAUGUUUCCUGGAGUAAAUGUAAAGUUUUCUAGUAAAUUAUCUUGUUUUAGUUUCUAAGAAAUUAAAUGUUAGUUUAUAAAUUAUAAAAAUGUUUGAUGAAACCUUCAUCUCUGUAUUUGGUUGUGACAUUAAUGAAAUCUGAGCAUCAUAGAUAGUGUAUACUUAAAAACUCAACAAUGCUUCUUUUAACAAAAAAGCUUGAAAUAAAUAGGCAUGAAAAUGUGUAGAUCAUUUUAUGAAAUUUGUUUACCGCAAUUCUAAAAAUUGUCUAAAGCCCAUAAUUUGAAAAAUAACCACCGACACUAUUGUGUGAUUUAACAAGUCUUCCAACUUUUUUAUAAAUAAUGUAAUUGUUUGUAUCUUUACUAAUUAUUAAAUACCCCAUAUCAUUGUU